CACGAUUCUCCACUCUCAGACCCGAACUAAUUGAACAUCGCGGCUCCAAGUGGAAGGUGCUCGUUUGCUGUUUGUUGUGUGUUUCCUUCUGACCACCCAAGAGUCCUUGGCGCAAACCAUGUGGCGACUGGUUUCCGCGCUGACCUUGGUCGGCGUAACUCUGGUGACGGCAUUGCCGCAACUCAAGCAGGAGCCUGGCAGCCUCGGCGCUCUCGUCGAUGAGGUGUUCGGCACCCCUAAGACGAACUCUCAGACGACGACCCCUCAGUCGGUGCCUCAGAUAGACGGUGAUCUCGAGAAGCUCAUCGGCGAAGUCUUCGGUAGCGGCGGCGGCGGCGGAAACGUCAGCACCACUACUCCCGGAAGUGUCAUUCUCGGCACCCAGAAUCAAACGCCCUCGAAACCUGACGACUGCGAAUGCGUGCCUUAUUACCAGUGCAAAGAAGGAAAAAUCUUGGACAAUGGAAUCGGCAUCAUUGAUAUCAGGUCCGAUUUUGGUGAUAAGGAAAAUAAGGAUAACGCGACGUCCCCGAAAGCUCCUGGGCCUUGCGAGAACUACUUGGAUGUUUGCUGCAAAGGACCGGAUAUACAGCCACCAUCCACGCCUCCGCCGAACGGUAGGACCGGUUGUGGACAACGACAUCCUCAAGGAGUUGGCUUCAGGAUCACCGGCGACACCGAUAACGAGGCCCAAUUCGGCGAGUUUCCCUGGAUGGUGGCUAUUUUGAAGGAACAGACCAUCGGCAAUGAUCAGAAAUUGAAUGUUUAUCAAUGCGGCGGAGCUCUUAUCCACAGACAGGCUGUUCUUACUGCGGCACACUGCGUCAAUGGAAAGCAGCCACACGAGUUGAAAAUUCGCGCGGGAGAAUGGGAUACGCAAACGAAGAACGAGAUCUAUCCGCAUCAAGACCGCGAGGUCGAGAGAGUCGUGGUUCACGAAGGCUUCCAUUCGGGUGCGCUCUACAACGAUUACGCUAUCCUGAUCCUAAAGACCCCAGUCGAUUUCGCGGAGAACGUUGACAUUGCGUGUCUAGCGGAAAUAAAUGCGAACUUCGACGGAUCGAGAUGCUUCGCCAGUGGAUGGGGAAAAGAUGUAUUUGGUAAAGAAGGACGUUAUCAAGUGAUCUUAAAGAGGGUGGAGCUACCUAUGGUAAACCACAGAACGUGUCAGGACAUUAUGCGUACUACCAGGCUGGGAAGAUACUUCGUUCUAGACAGAAGUUUUGUCUGCGCGGGUGGAGAACAAGGAAAAGAUACCUGCAAUGGCGACGGUGGAAGUCCCCUGGUAUGCCCGUUAAGGGAAGAUCCGUCGAGAUACGUUCAAGUUGGCAUUGUAGCAUGGGGACUUGGUUGUGGCGAGGGCGGCACUCCCGGCGUUUACGCUAACAUAGCUCACGGUCGUCGGUGGAUCGACGAACAAAUGGCCUACUAUAAUCUGGACAACAGUGUCUAUCAAUAUCCCAAUUGAUCGUUCGUAUCCGACGUGACAUUAUGAACCACGCAAAUUUCUUUUUAAUUUUAGUAGAACAUUUAUCAUCGAUUGCGUUCAUAUAUGAGUAUUGCAUUUUUUUUACAUCAAAUAAAUCUACGCUGAGAACAAAUGUGAUAUUUGGCAAGCUAAUGAGACCCGCAUUAUUUUAUAUUCGUAAUUUGAAUUAUGCUUUCGAAAGUGAUUAUGGAUUUACAUGUGAUGAAAAAACGAAUAGAAGUAAUUGUCAAUAAAAAUCAAUAUAUUGCAUUUAUAUACGGCGAAUAAACGAAUAAUUUUUUUAAAAAAGAGAAACAAUUAAAUUUAUUUCUCAGUAAAAACCCUUGGUAAAACUUUAGAAGUGCGUUUCUCUAAUUGAUCUAUUGAUUUGGUAAAUUGUAAAAUGCAAUGUUUCCUAUUCUUUUAUGAAGAUAAUCUUUAAAUUCAUAUGCUUAAUAUGAUAAAAUUUAUUCCAUACUUGAUAAAAUUGAUUUAUGAAAAAUAUUUACAUUAUAAUUUAUUGAAAUUUAAUAUUAUUAAGAGAUCAAAACUUUCUAAUAGAUUGGUAAAUUGUAAAAUGCAAUGUUUCCUAUUCUUUUAUAAAGAUGAUCUUUAAAUUCAUAUGCUUAAUAUGAUAAAAUUUAUUCCAUACUUGAUAAAAUUUAUGAAAAACAUUUACAAUAAUUUAUUGAAAUUUAAUAUUAUUAAGAGAUCGACACUUUCUAAUAGAUUGGUUGAGAAAGAUAGAUCAAUCUCUGAUAAUCUUUUUCUGAUAACUGCCAUUUACUACAUUUAUAUCUAUUGAAUCUCUAUUUAUAUUCAGACAUAGAGUUUCCAACAAAACUUCUCUUUUUAGAUGACUAUAAAUUGAGAUAAUAAACAUAAUUCAAGGUAUCAUUAUAAAUCAAAUCAUAUUUGUAGAAUUUCACAAUCGGAUCUCGGAUAUGCAAGAUUAAUUAAAAACACAAUUAAAGAUAUUAUAAUUCUGAUGUUUAACAAUAGACUAAACUUUAAGAGAUUUUGUUUUCGUGAUUAAUAAAUAUUUUGAAUUAAUUGAGAAGAUAAAAUAUUAUAUAUAAUAUUAAUAUAUAAAUAUUAUGACAAUAAUCCUAAUUUGUAUCUACUGUUUAGUACAUUUUUCACAAGCAUAAAGCAUUACUAAAUGUAAUAAUAUGUACAUAUGUUACCAGUUUAUAAUUAAAACUAAUGACUAUAUUUUACAAACUUUUUUUGCACUUUUGCAUUAUCACAUUCUACAUAUAUCUUGCAUAAUCAUCUUAUAUCAUGUUAUUUUCUUAAAAACGUCAAUAAAUAAAACAUUGUUUCCGCAAUAAA